UAUUGAUUUUGCAAAAGUAGGUUAACCAGUACGCAGAUGGCUGCUCAAAUUACGCGCCACAUCUGCGUGACAUCAGGAACUGAAAAUUUUGCUGCCCAAAGACGCUGCGCCUCAGCAGUGGAACAGAGGCGGUAUUUGUUUGUAUGAGGGAUUUAUUGGCUAGCGCAGACCCUAGCCCUAAGAAAAACACAGUCUUUGCUUUUAGCACUGUGAUUUUCGACCUGGAUUUGUUCCAUACUAAUACGCAUCGCCGCCCUUUGGUUCCGGGUACUUCGAAAACUUCGAAUUUUCCUCGAGCAAACUCACAACUUCGCGGCCACCCCGAUCCUGCUCGCUUCACAGCGUUGAACCACACUUCGAACAGUUCGUGUGACAGGAGAGUGCAUCUCCUACUAGCAAAUCUGGCAAACAUUAUUUUCUUCGCUUCAACAACAGGCCUGCUCAAGUCUGUUGUAAAGCGCCUGGAGCCCACACGACCGCCAUAGGUCUGGAGAUCAAAGCUGGAUGGUCUCGUGCUUGCCAAAUUCCACCACCGUCCUUUGGUGAUCCGUCCAAACGGCUUCGUUCAGGAACGGCUAUGAGAACUGCGUCGCCAUGAUUUCUGAGAUGUUCGGGCACGUUCUUCGUGCGCUGCGGCUUCCAGGUCGGCGGUACGAAUUUCGAUGCGUUGCUCCCUCUCAAAUUGUCGUCGACCAGGACGUCAACGAUCCUGAGAAAGGUCCAGUCGUUUCUUCGCCGGUCACCAACACGUACAGAAUGGUCGAGAAGCCAAGGCGGAUGGACCGUUGGCUCGACAAGGUCGUCGAGCUUUCGGGCUCGCAGAUUGUUUACUUUGGCAUCCUCGCCGCCCUGUUCGCGUGGGCCUUUCUCGGGAUCAAGUUCGGUCAGGCUCAGACGUACAAGAUCGUCAUCUCAGACGCCCAGGCGAUUAUCAACAUGAUCUUCGACGCCUUCCUCAUGCGCCAGCAGCUCAACGCGUACAACAACCAUGUGACUAUCGCAGCCUGUCUUCGAUCGCGGGCUCGUAGUCAACGACGCAUGUUGCAGCUGCUCCUCGACAACGGUCAGCUCGUUCCGAACGAGGCUGUGGAGGUCGAAAGACUUGACGGCGAAACCUUCAGCUCGGAUCUGCCCAAGGAAAAUUGGCUCGGCCGGAUUUCGACUGCGAUUUCUGUCAUUCUGGGUCACAUCGUCACCGUGUUCGGCUUCUGUGGAUGCAUUGUGAUUUGGCUGGCUUUCGGUCCCUACUGUCACUGGUCCAACAACUGGCAGCUCUACAUCAACUCGGCAACUUCUGCGCUCAUGGUCUUUAUGCUUGCCUUCAUCGCCAACAUCCGAGAGCGGCACAACAAGUACAUGAACAAAUGUUUGGAUGAGAUUUGGAACAUCGACACUGCCCUGGAAUGCCGGCUUCGUGCAGUUACUGGAGACACAAUCGAGAACGAGCCGGUGGUCAUUCCGCCUCCCAAGCAGACCAAGAUCCAACGAGCCAUCGACUACUAUGCCGAUCUUGUCGGGACCCUUGCUGGAAUCGUCAUUCUUAGCUGGGUCAUCAUUGUGUGGAUCGCGGUUGGGCCAGCUUUCCAUUUCAACUCGAACUGGUGGCUGCUCAUCGGCACCUACGCUGGUCUGGUUGGACUCAACGACGGCUUCGUCCUGCGUAACGUCAGCACAAAUCUCAGCGACUAUGCCGACCUUCAAUUCCAUCAAGUUGCAGCUGAUGAUUUGGAGAUGUUCAACAUCGUCGGAAUCAGUAACUCGAAGGAAGGAGAGGAUCAAAGCAAUCCAGGCAUCGCCUAUCGUCUCUCUACAUCCGUGGGUGCGGUUUGUGCGCAUGAGUGGAUGGUUGUUUCGGGUGUUAUCCUGAUCAUCGGUCUUGUCAUUGGGGCAAGCGCAAUGCGCUGGAGCUUGACGGGUCAGCUUCUUUGCAAUGUUCCCCCCAGCAUAAUUGAGUCAUUCUUUACAAUGAUCCUUCUUACAGGUCACAACAUUGAUGAAGAGAAGAGGCGGAAACACUUUGCUGCCUUUUACAAUCGCCGUCACACGCUCAUUUCGGUACUUGAAAGGGUAACUACGACCAAGACAAUCAUUACUACUAACGUAGUGGAGGAGGACAUCAAAGAUGAAGAAUAAGGUUUAUAUGAUGGAGGACAUACUAAUUUUCUUUUUUUUUUUAAAAAAAAAAGAGAAAAAAAAAGGGGAGAGAGAGAGAGAGAAGAAAAGAAAAACCGGACACACUUUUCUUUUUCUUUUAGGUCAAAUUUCUGAAAAUUACAAUUCAUUUCAAAGGGGAAGAAUAUAAAAAAAGGUGAAAAAAGAAACAGAAAAAAAAUUAGCCAUUUGAUCUCUUUCUAAAAAAAAAAAAAAAAUCUAGGAAAAAAAAGGGAAAAAAGAAAUGAAAAAUCCCAAAAAAGGAAUUGGUGGAAAAUGAAUAAAAACCGAAAAAAAAUUCUCUUAAAUAUCUUUCUAGUUUUUAGAAUUUCGUUACAUAUCUAAUAUAAGUCUUUCCUUUUUUUUUCUUUUAA